AUUAUUUAGUUGGGUCUUAGCAACCGAACCAACGCUCGCGCGAGGAAGAAUCUGGCGCGGGUUUCGUUCCCGUGCAUUCAGGGGGUCGGUCCCAUUUUUCGCAGACACCUUUACAGCAAUCGAGCCAUCGGAGUCAUGUGUGUGUGUGAGUGAGUGCGUGUGUGUGUGUGUCAUGUAUCUGUGUGUGAUGAUGCCUGAGUACUGAUUUGCGGUAAAACCAGACACGACACCACCGGGAGCGAACUGCCCGUGUGCCUAGGUGGUGAACUUUCUCGUAAACAAAAACCUGUGCGUGAGUGAACAGUGUGCUCCAAAGAAGACACAGCCCCCAAUCGUUUUUUUUUUUUUGUUGGGACAAACAGGUUGAGUUGUAUUGGAAAUUGCCUGCCCAACGUCGGUAUCAGGGAACGUGUGAUAAUGGAAAAUAGCUGGCAGCAGCAGUAGUUGGGAGCCGGGAAAGUAACUGUCAGCUGCGGAAAAGCCAAACAGCCGCUCGGAAGAUAAUAGUUGGCGGGUCUGCGAGAGGCAAACGAGACAACGAACCUGCGACAACAACCAACCAACAAACGGAGAGGACUAUCCCAGUGUGAUACUGUGUCCCGUGUGUUUGUGUAUGUGUUCCAUAGUGCUGUGAGUGUGCUGUGUGUCUGGGAAGGACCUUUUGGUGGAACCAGGGUUGUGCUACGCAAACGUAACAGUGCUACGGGGUUAGUGGCGCUAGUGCACCGUUUGGGGUACUCGCGGACCUCAACUUCAACCACAACAGCGAGCUGCCUGCCGUCAACCGAGCUUUGUCUCGCAACCGCAACCCACACACACCCACACUGCCACACCAUGCCAGUGAAAAAGCAAGAGGCACACCGGGCACUGGAGCUGCUGGAGGACUACCAUUCCCGUCUGUCGACCCCGCAGGACCGGGCCCUGCGCAGCGCGAUCGAGCGCGUUAUCCGGAUAUUCAAAUCGCGCCUAUUCCAGGCGCUGCUCGAUAUACAAGAGUUCUACGAGCUGACGCUGCUGGACGAAUCGAAAACGGUGCAGCAGAAAACCGCAGAGACGCUGCUGAUUGCCAGCAAGUGGGAACAGGACAAUGCCAUCAAGGCGAAUGAAGCCAACCGCAUCAAGCAACAGGAACAGGAGCAGCAGCAGCAACAGUUGCAGCAGCAGCAGCAGCAGCAGGCACCGCCACAGCUUCAACUCCAGCAGGAGAUCGAGAAGCAGCCGAUCAUUGAGCUACCGUCGCCCCGGCUGACGACAACCAAAGUUCCCACAUCGAAUGCAAAUGACACCAAACAGCUGAAUGGCGAUUCACCGUGGGAGUACGACGAGAUCACGCUGAUCCGUGGCUCGACCGGGCUCGGCUUCUCGAUCGCGGGCGGCACCGACAACCCGCACAUCAAUCUCGAUGCGUCGAUCUACAUCACCAAGGUGAUACCGGGCGGUGCGGCCCACGUCGACGGCCGGCUGCAGGUGAACGACUGCAUCGUGGCGGUGAACGAGGUGCGCGUGGUGAACGUUACGCACGGCGAAGCGGUCGAUGCGCUCAAGCAGGCGGGCGAUCGUGUAACGCUGCACAUCCGGCGCAAGCGGCCACCGGCCCAGGCCCCGAAGCUGGAGGAGAUCGAGCUGCUGAAGGGCAGCAAGGGGCUCGGCUUCUCGAUUGCGGGCGGCAUCGGCAACCAGCACAUCCCGGGCGACAACGGCAUUUACGUGACGAAGAUCAUGGAGGGCGGGGCGGCCCACAUCGACGGGCGGCUCGCGGUCGGCGACAAGCUGAUCGCGGUCCGGACGCCCGACGGCGGAGAGCGCAAUCUCGAGAACGUGGUGCACGAGGAGGCGGUCGCGACGCUCAAGGCGAUCACCAACCGGGCGACGCUGAUCGUGCAGAAGACGAACAUACUGCAGGCGCUCGCCAACUCGAUCAGCAACCUGAACUCGCUGUCGACGAACGCGAUGAACAGUGUCGGCGUCAGCAUGGUCGACCAUGCGUCACCGGAUGCUGGUGGCGGCGGUGGCGAGGCCGGCGGAGGCGAUACCGAGAUGGUGGCGUCGACGGCCCGCUCCCAUUCGCCGGCGUUCGGGCUGGAGAACAGCUCGUCCCGGUACGCGUCGUCGAACGUGCUGGAGACGGGCAUGCCGAUCGGGACGCCGCGCGCCGUCAGCAGCGAGGACAUUACGCGGGUGCCGCGCACGAUCGUCAUUCGCAAGGGAGCGUCCGGGCUUGGUUUCAACAUCGUCGGCGGCGAGGAUGGACAGGGAAUCUUUGUGUCGUACGUGCUGGCUGGUGGUGCGGCCGAUCUCGGCGGCGAGCUAAAGCGUGGCGACCAGCUGCUGUCCGUCAAUGGCAUUAGCCUGGCGAAUGCGUCGCACGAGGAUGCCGCCCAGGCACUGAAGAACGCCGGCGGCACGGUCACGUUGGUCGUGCAGUACCGGCCGGAGGACUACAACCGGUUCGAGCAGCGCAUCCAGGAGCUGAAGCAGGCGGUCGCAGCCGGUACCGGCACGCUGCUGCGCACCACCCAGAAGCGCACGCUCUACGUCCGCGCCCUGUUCGACUACGACCCGAACCGGGACGACGGGCUGCCGACGCGCGGCCUCCAGUUCCGGCACGGCGACAUACUGCACGUGACGAACGCGUCCGACGACGAAUGGUGGCAGGCGCGGCGCGUGAUCGGCGAGGACGAGGAGGAAAGCAUCGGCAUCGUGCCGUCGAAGCGGCGCUGGGAGCGCAAGCAGCGGGCCCGCGACCGCAGCGUCAAGUUCCAGGGGCAUGCCGGCGCGAACAACAACAACAACAACCUGGAAAAGGUAUCGCCAGCGGGCGGGGAGGAGGUGUCGACGCUGGAUCGCAAAAAGAAAAACUUCUCCUUCUCCCGCCGGUUCCCGUUCAUGAAGAGCAAAGACGACAAGAACGAGGACGGAUCGGACCAGGAGCCCAACGGCAACCUGAGCGAUCCCAAUCACCAUGAUCCCGAUCAGCCUUUCAUGCUUUGCUACACACAAGAAGACGCGAACGCGGAAGGUGGUGGUGAAAUAAUCUACCGCGUGGAAUUACCUGACAUGGAGCAGAUAACUCUUAUCUACCUGGAGAAUAACUAUGCUGACUCGGAGGAAAACAUCCUGUCGUACGAGCCGGUGCAGCGCCUGCAGAUCAGCUACACCCGCCCGGUCAUCAUACUGGGCCCGCUGAAGGACCGCAUCAACGACGACCUGAUCUCGGAGUAUCCGAAUAAGUUCGGCUCGUGCGUGCCGCAUACAACGCGCCCGAAGCGCGACUACGAGGUGGACGGGCGGGACUACCAUUUCAUCGCGUCCCGCGAGCAGAUGGAGAAGGACAUCCAGAACCAUCUGUUCAUCGAGGCGGGCCAGUACAACGACAACCUGUACGGCACGUCGGUCGCGUCGGUGCGCGAGGUCGCCGAGAAGGGCAAGCACUGCAUCCUGGACGUGUCGGGCAACGCGAUCAAGCGCCUGCAGGUCGCCCAGCUCUACCCGAUCGCCAUCUUCAUCAAGCCGAUGUCGGUCGAAUCGAUCAUGGAGAUGAACCGGCGCAUGACGGAGGAGCAGGCGAAGAAAACCUACGAGCGGACGCUAAAGAUGGAGCACGAGUUUGGCGAAUACUUUACCGCCAUUGUGCAAGGCGACACGAUCGAGGAGAUCUACAGCAAGGUGAAGAACGUCAUCUGGUCGCAGGGCGGCCCGACGAUCUGGGUGCCGUCGAAGGAAUCUCUAUGACCGCAGGCAAGCAUCACCUGGACGCUGCCACCAAAUAUGCGCGCCCGUCCCGUGUCCCGCACCUCCUCCUCGUCGGCCACCGCCGGGCCCCAUUGACCACGAUCCGGGCGACUAAAAGGACUCCCGACCCCCCCCCCCCCCCCCAGCAGCAGCUGCAGCAGAGCGGAGGGAGCGAGAGCGCGGGUUGUGUUGUGAGCAUGGGAGAGUGGAUGCGCUUAACAAACACACAUAACUACCUACCCCCCCCGUCUCCCCACCCCUCCCCAAAUAUGACACUCCCUCCCCCCCCCCCCCACCCCCACCCGGGAAAUUGCGAAGAGAAGCAAGGUGAAGGAAGGGGAGGGAAGCAAGUAGAAAAUAAAUUACACCCCCCACACACACAUCUACACCCAAACACACAUUGAGAGCGAGACAGAGAGAGAGAGAGCGCGCGCGGGGGAGAGCAGCAUCACGUAGAAAAGCAAGAAAAAAAGCAAAAAAAAAACCGGGCAACUAUUACAUAAAAAGAAAAAAAUCGACACACACACACACAAUUGUUAAAAAAAAGAAGUGAAGAGCGAGCAGAGCGAAAGAGAGCGAGAGAGAGAGGGUGAGGGAGAGAAAGGAGAUGCGUUUUUUUAUGUUUUCUUCAUACUUUCAUAAAACGUAUCGAAGGAAGCGUUUUGUCAUUUAGCACCCAUUAAAAUUAAAUUGUAUUGUAGCGAGAGAGAGAUAGAGAGAGAGCAAGAGAGAGAGAGAGGCAGAAAGAGGAGAGAGAAAGCGCAAGUAGGAAGGAAGAAUGAAAGCGAACGGAGGGCGGCCGGCGUCUCAAUCAAACCACACUGAAGUUUGUGUGGAAGAAAGAGAGAGAGAGAUAGAUAAAGAGAGAAAGAGAAGGUUAAAAGGGGUGCAAACUGUUGUUAUUUAGUGAAGGUUUUUCGGAUGACGAAUCGAGAAGGGGGGGGGGGGUGGAGGGGAGGAGGCAGUAGCUAGCAAAAAUCUUAACUACAGAGUCAGAGAGCGAAAGAGAGAGAGAGAGAGAGAGUGUGCGAGAAAGUGAAACAGUUGGGUCAGCGAGUCAAAGAAACAAAAAAAAGGUGCUGAGGAAUGGGAUAAAAAAAACAAAACAAAAA